UUACCCCGCCAUUCCAUUUCUCAGCAAAAUCUUGCUUCCUCCCUCGAAUUUUACUCCUCCACUCUCCAAAUCUGAUCCGUUGUUCGCUCAAAAUUUCUUCGGCUAGUUUGAUCCUGGUUUCUGCGAUUUUGAAACAAAAGCUUGAAUCGAUCCUUUCCAGUUUUCAGCGACACGAAUCGAUUCAUUUCGGGUACUAAAUCACCAGGUGACAGCGAAUUUGUCUUCCCAGAGACGGAAUGCAAAGCCAAACCGUAAUGAUUCUAAGUGUUCAAGAAAGUAACUUGGGGGAGCUUGAAAAAUCAUCUCCCCCAAAUUACUUGACUGAUUUUGGUGUCACUAAAGGCUAUUUUAUUUUACUUUUGGGUGCAACCAUUUAAUCUGAUUUUUCUGCACUAUAUGAGCACUGUUAGUUACUGUUUUGGUGCUCUCAUCUUGCCCUGUUCUUGCACAUGAAUUAUGCCAUGUUUCAUCAUGUUUUAUUUACUGAAAAUAUGCCAUGAACCAUGUAUUUUUCUGCACUCUUCCUACACAGUUUUGUGACUCUAAUAUACUGAUUUUUGCCCCUAGAACUUGAAAGCUACAAAGAAUGCUGCUAUGGAAUUUUGAUUAUUUUCCCCUUUAUUGUACAUUUGUUUUGGACACUAACUUGCAGUCCAUUUUUCCUCAUUGGUACAAAAUUAUGCACUGUUUUUAACUUAAAACUUCACCAUUUUGGACUGUGUUGCUUUCAUUUUUUCUCAUGUGCAAAAUGGAUGUUUUUCUGAUGCCUAAUGUCUAUUACUAUUCUGACUCUUUCUGCUUGAUUAGAAUUUAGUGAUAAUUCUUGAUUGUGAAAGGAAAAGUAAUCAGAAAUGUUCAAAACGUGUUUAGGAAUGCUUAAGUGAAGGAACUAGACAAGUCAUUAUUUCAAGCAUUUCUAUUUUCCAGUUACUGCUUUAAUUCUUGUUUUAAUGACGGGCAUUUUUUCACGAUAAUUGUGCCUUAAUCAUAAAUUGUCACAUAAAGA